AUGGCGCCAGUUGCAGUCAUCAAGGACGAUGGAACCCCGGCCAGCACCCCGCAGGCAAACUUGAAAUCCAAGGUUGAACCAGUGAUCGCUAUCAACCCAUUCUACUCGCCGUCGCUCGGUGAUGAUGGUGACACCACCUAUCCGUACGCCGAUUUCAAGCCAUUCUUCCCCAAAGUCGAUUGGGAGCCCCUGACCGAGGUGGCCGUCACAGAGCGCGGACUAUUCGCCGAUCCCUCCAAGAAGAAUCUGCUAUCUGCGGCGCAGAAAGUCAAGAACCUGACGCCUGCUAUUGGUACAGAGAUAUUGGGCCUUGACCUAAGGCAACUGACAGCAACACAAAAGGAUGAAUUGGCGUUAUUGAUCGGAGAAAGAGGCGUCGUCUUUUUCCGUGAUCAGGAGUUGAACAUCCACGAACAGCUGGACCUCGCGCGACACUUUGGCCCUUUGCACAAACAUGCAACUACGCCGAUCCCCAAGAAUGGUUUGGAGGAAGUCCAUGUCGUAUACAACGAUGCGUCUCGCCGGCCCGAUACCUCAGCCUUCACGAAGCUGGAGUUGUGGCAUUCGGACGUGUCCUACGAACUCCAGCCGCCCAGCACUACUUCUCUGAAGGUGAUAACUGGUCCUGAAUAUGGUGGCGACACCCUUUGGAGCUCUGGAUACGCCCUUUACUCAUCCUUGAGCCCUGGGCUACAGAAGUACCUUGAAGGCCUAACGGCUCUUCACAGUGCUGUGGCUCAGGCAGAAGGAGCCCGAGCAGCUGGCCUUCACGUCCGCCGCAAAGAGAUCGAAUCGAUUCAUCCCAUAGUUCGCGUCCAUCCUGCGACCGGCUGGAAGAGUAUUUACGUCAACCCUGGCUUUACCCGUCGUAUCAUAGGCAUCCCUAAGGCAGAGUCUGAUGCUAUUCUGUCGUUCCUCUUCCACCAAAUCAGUGAGAAUCCUGACUUCCAAGUACGAUUCCACUGGGAACCCAACUCUAUUGCGAUCUGGGAUAAUAGGGUUGUCACCCAUUCCGCAACGUUCGACUUCUGGCCCGCAACAAGGCAUGCCCUGAGAGCUACUCCUCACGGAGAGAAACCUACAUCCGUCGAGGACUACGAAAAGUCGACCGGAAAGGUUGCGAAAGAUAGGCAGCUCGAAUUGUCGGGAGCCACCGCAGUCGAUCCGAACAAGGGCGGAUCUCUGAAGCCUAGGGGUUAUAACGAUUGA